UUGAUUGUUGUAAACUGUGAGAAGCAGUGUUGGAAAGGCGAUGCAAAUAGAAGACAAAACAAAACAUAAGAAACUAACAUUCCAGAAGCGAUAGGAAAGGGCUUAAAGCAGUACGUGUAGAGAACAAGACCAUCAUAAGGCUUGAAAUUCAUGCACAGGGUCAGACGGCUCUAAACCACAGGUUAGUGGGUGUAACUCAGAGUAGAACAGUUGACUGAUGAAAUAAAACUGUCUGCAGUUUCCCCUGGCUAAAGACACUUCCUGUCAUUGCCUAAAUUGCUUUACUUCAAAGUGUUUGUGGGAGCAGAAAUGCAAAUUAGCUGAGUGUGUUUAUUCUGUGCUGGGAAGAAGGGGAGCGGAAUGGGUUCAGGAAACCCGGCUGUGUUUAAAAGCCCACAGCUCACAAGGAGAUAGAAUUUUAUGGAGAGUGGCUUCUGGGUACUGCUCACAGACAAGAAAGCUCUAGGAGGGCAGAACCAGAGGCACAGAAAGAGCCAGGACUAUCUGAGGCUGCUUUCAAUUAUAGGUAAGCCACAGCAGUGUGUCGGGGAGCAAUCCGGGGCCUCAUGUACACUAGGCAAGAACUCUACCAACCCAGCCACAUCUACCGUCCGUUUGGUUUCAUUCUUCCUACGUUUCUUUCUUUCCUCUUCUUUAAAACAAAAGCAAGCUCUAUCUAGUUUUAUUAAAGAAAAGCUUUCCUGGUUUAUUUUUCACUGGUCUGUUCUGGCAAGCUUCUGAUAACGUCAGAACCACUUGAGUCAAUGCCAGCCAGGGUGCGUCUGCGGUAGCAUUUUCCACAUGCGGUGCCCAAUUCAAUAUUAUUGCCACCGGAGUGAUGGAAGCGAAUUUUGGCCAAGAGCAUAGUAUUCUAUUUCCGGUUUCCUCAGAGCUGGGCAGUUGUUGACCAGGAUGACCAACCAGUUUUAUGCUUCCCUGUCUCUUCAACUUCCGAGUCUGCUAGUACUCAGCGUGUCCUUCCCACUUUUCGUAACAAGGUGGAACCUAGAGUUGGCGACUCCCAAGACCUGUCUUCUUUUCAACUACCAUCUUCCUGCCUUAGUUGUGGGACGGGACCCAACCAAGAGCGGCUGCCAUGAUAACUAGAGAGUGGGAAAACACUGCUGCGUUUCUUCCCUAACUACAAAUAGAAGCUCGAAUGGCAAGAUGUAGCAGAGGCCUGAGCUGUGACUGGACAUUCCUGAAGCUUUACUUUGGGAGUGAGAAUGAAUCUAGUACUUUUUCUAUUCAUUUUUGUCUCUCUUUGGGAGAAGGUAAUAAUAACAAGCAAAUUUAAAAAAAAAUGGAUACAUUGUCUACUAUGAUGAGUCUAGUCCUUUAUCUAGAGCAAGGCUUUCGGCAAGAAUUUCUCUAUACUCAUUCAUUUGGCUUAGCUGUCCUCUUUGGUGAUUAGGAAGUAAUUUCUGUUUAAGAAUUGACUGAUGGGCUCGGGCUAGAGCUCAGAGGGAGAGUUCCAGCUUAGCAUGUGCAAGCAUCUCCAGCACCACAAGAAAAAGGAUGGAGUGGUACCCAGAUUCCUUAUUGAUUCCUCAGAUGCAAAUCUGUUUAAAAUCACUUCUUCUGGUCGCUUUCCAAUCCUCAAGACCCACACUUGAUUGCACAGGAAAGGGGAAUGUGGUGAGGAGGGGCAAAAGGAAUGUUCAAGAAAGAGAUUCAUUCCCUGAGGUGGGUAGAGCAAUGUGGAGAACUGAGUGGAGAAUCGGGGGCCUAUUUUGCUGACUUUGGCUCACCAUGGGUCCGAGAUUGUCUCUACAUCAUGCCUUCAUUUCCCCCGCUUCUUCUCCAGGCAAAAUGAAGGUGACAUUAGUGAACCUAUUGUUUAUGAUGUUGCUGCUGCUGCUAGGCCUGGGGACGGGCCUGGGCCUCGGCCUUCACAUGGCUGCUGCAGUCCUGGAGGACAGUGAUCAGCCACUGAGUGAUUUUUGGCCUGGCAACUCCCGGGACACAGCUGAGACCACGGAAGAGGGAGAAGACACCCGGACCACAGAAGCCCUGGUGCUUGGCUACAGAGAAAUGGCACAACCUAUCGGGCCAGAAGAAACUGUCCUCAACGAAGACGAAGUUGGAGGAAGUAGGAUGCUGAGGGCUGACGCUCUCUUUCAGAGCAAACAAGAUCACCUGAGGCUUGACUUGAAUGUCAGAGAAUGUAACACCUUGAUGGCACCCAAGAUGAAGGAGUACAAUCACAGUUGCAUAACCCAAUACACAUUCAUCCACGAGGAUCCAAGCGAGGUCAAAGCAGUCUGUGACAGUCCCCCGGUGGCCUGUGGCCUCAAGGGGGGCAAAUGUCACAAAAGCUCCCGUCCUUUCGAUCUGACAUUCUGCAAGUUGUCCAAAGCAGGCCAGGUCACUCCCAACUGCCAUUAUCUGACUUACAUAUUUGAAAAGGUCAUUGUCACAACCUGCAGUGACACAAAGCCACUGGAGGUUAACUGAGGCAGCUCCUGCCUUUCCCUUCUCUUCACCUCAUUGUCUUUCUUCUUUUGCAUUUCCUUUUGCUGAUGCUUCUGUCUCCCACUCGGGUGCACUGUAGAGAAGAUCCUGGGAAGAGAGGAUGGAGCACCGCUGAUCUUUGUCAUCUGAAAAUGUAAUUAUUCUUUGCGUUAGGGGUCAUCCAACUGGCAUUUUAUUCUGGGGGUCAGAAAUGGCAAAACGAUGCCUAGUUUCUCCUAGACAUCUCUCACCUUCAGUCCUUGCCCUACAAAGGCCAAGCUCUGGACCCCCCACUUAGCCAUGGUCAUCAGCCUGAUGCCUGGACUGAGAACAACUUGGGCACAGAUUAGAAGAGUUCCAUACAUCCUUGACUCAUCUCCUUCCUUGCUACCCACGUGGGGCCUCUGUGGUAAUCACCGACUCCUGGGCCCUGCCUGUACAAAGGCAAUGCACUUCUCUGGCACAGAUGUAAUUAAAGUGAUUCUAUCUAGGACUGUGUCGGGAAAGCCAUGUGGUCAGGCUUCUUAUCCUGAGCCUGGAAAAUUACAGAGAUGGUUCAGGAAGAAUAAGGGCUUGGGUAAGGACCCCCUCCCCGCUUCAAUCCCCUUUCCUCUCUUCCUGUUUUCACAACCUUUCUCUUUGCUCCUCUUUUCUUUGUUUCUUUCUUCUCUCAGACUUUUCUGUCUUCUCCUUUUCUUCUACCUUUUCUUUUUGGGCCCUCAUUUCUCCAGAUUUUUUUUUUUUUUAGCUACUCAGUAAGCUAAUGUGUUAUCUGGGCUAUACUAGGCAAGCAGAUGUUGGUCCCACAGAUUGAAUCUGGCAUAGGGAGUUGGAGGUUAGAUGAAGAGAAAGAAAGGAAAGAGAGAGAGAGAGAGAGGG